AUGGAGCAAGACACCGCGGACCAGCAUAGUGGCGCGCCUAAAGCACGACGAAGAGCAAGGUUCUACAUCGAAAAGUCCAUUGAGGAGCGUGAAACGACUGUUGAUUUUCUCAUCGGCAGAGAAAUCACGCUCACGUCGGGACACGGUAACCAUCCCUCAUCAAUCGUCCGCACACGCAGCCUCCCGCCACGACAGCGCAGCCAGCCGUGGAGGCCUCUGUGUAGCCGGAAAGAGGAAAGCGGUGGUGGCAGUGGUGGUGGUGGACAUGACAAAACCGCUUCUCAGCCAGACGUGGAUUCGUGUUGGGACAGGCACGUCUCGUUGAUUUACGGUCCGGUGAAGACGGAGCUUUGGACUGAGCUCCGGGUGCAGCAGGGUGGAAGGUGA